CAAAAACCCAAAAGAAUAUAAUGACUGGGAAGGGGGGACUACACAGACUAGCCACAACAUAGAAGCUUCAAGAAGAACUCUCCCUGUUCAUCAAUCAAUCACUAUAACUGUUAUCAUCAUCAUCAUCGUCCUUUUCGAUUCUUUGCUUACAAUUUCCAUGAUUCUACACCUUUCAAUCCUCCAACUUUUCUUCUACUGAAUCGAAAAUGGAGGAUACCGGUGUACGUAACAAUAAACGUUCAUCACAACAUGAGAUUCUGGAGGUUUUCAACCGACAAAUCGGCGUCAAUUCGCCUAAAAAGUUCUCUCGCAGAAUCUCCGCUUCCGAGGCUCUUGUAAAGAGGAUUGAUCUUGCUGGUAAAUUAAUUGGGCACGAGGGAUGCGUAAACACGAUUGAAUUCAACUAUUGCGGUGAUCAUCUAGUGUCAGGGUCUGAUGACAGACGAGUCAAGUUCUGGAAUGUGGCAACUAGAUCUUUGGUCUGUUCAUACGCUUCUGGUCAUGUAGAUAAUAUAUUUCAGGCUCGAAUUAUGCCGUUUACUGAUGACACGAAAAUCAUAACUUCUGCUGCUGAUGGCCAGGUAAGACUCGGUCAGGUAGGGGAGAACGGUCACGUCCACACAAAAAAGUUAGGGAAACAUCACGGUCGCGUUCACAAGCUUGCCGUUGAGCCUGGAAGCCCCCACAUAUUUUACAGCUGUGGGGAGGAUGGAUUAGUUCAACAUUUCGAUUUGCGAAGUAAUUCUUCAGCAAAGUUAUUCUGUUGCUCUUCGUUCUCAGAAAACAACCACCACUCAUCCUCAAACAGUUUAAGAUUAAAUUCUAUCGUAAUCGACCCGAGAAACCCUAAUUACUUCUCUAUAGGAGGCUCUGACCAAUACGCACGUGUAUACGACAUUAGAAAACUCCAAUGGGACCAGCCGUCAAGUAAUCAAGACCGACCCGUAAACACAUUCUGCCCGAAACAUCUAAUCAAAACUCAUGAUGUCUCCAUCACCGGGAUGUCAUAUUCCCACACAAGCGAGCUUCUUGUUUCGUACAACGACGAACUUAUUUAUUUAUUCCAAAAGGAUACGGGUUUAGGACCCGAUCCGUUGUCGGUUUCGAACGAGAAUUUGGAAGAACCACGGAUGUAUUCGGGGCAUAGGAAUUCGAUGACGGUUAAAGGGGUUAGUUUUUUUGGGCCUAAUAGUGAGUAUGUUAUGAGUGGGUCGGAUUGUGGGCAUAUUUUCAUAUGGAAUAAGAAAGAUUGUAAGCUUGUACGCGUAAUGGAAGGUGAUAGGCGUAUAGUGAAUCAAGUGGAGCCUCAUCCUAGUAUCCCUGUUCUUGCUUCUUCGGGAUUAGAGAAAAAUAUAAAGCUUUGGGUUCCGAUGUCUGCUGAUAAUACUAUUCCACUGCCUCAUGAUUUACAAGAGAUUAUGGAGUCAAACAAGCGAGGCAGGGAAGAUCAUUCGCGGGUCACACUUACUCCUGAUGUCAUUAUGCAUGUUUUGAGGCUUCACAGAAGACAAGCAAUGGCGUAUAUUGAAAGAAGACACAAUCGAGAGGAUAUUGCAAGUGAUGAAGAAGAUGAAAGCGAUGCUUAUGUCUUGGGAUUCGCCGAUCAUGAUGGCUCCUUAGAGGAUGGAAAUUCGAGCGAGUGUAGUAUCGUUUGAUAUUCCAUUACUCGUUGUAAAAUGUUUGCUACGAUUUGGGAACCCGACUGCCGAGUAUGCAUGGUUUGUUAAAUAAAGCCGGUAAGUAGUUUUGUGCA